AUGCCCUCAAUUCGUCAAUAUGCCACUUAUACUAACAUCGUGACAGGGACACGAAAUGAGACAACUCAACCUACUAAGAGGCCCCUUGAAGGCGGCAUGCAAUCCCUCGCCUGGAACGACGAGAUUUCUCUCAGCGACAGCCCCGUCUCGAUUUCUCAACACCAGCACACAGCUCUCCACACUUCAACGAAACGCCUCACAACAGCUAUCGCCCCAGAUACUCCCGAGCCAGCAUCACCUGAAGCCGUUUACUCGCCGCCCAAGACCGGCAUCAUUUCUUACUUACCCGCAUCAUGGGUCCCAUACGCGGAGCUUACCCGCAUCGAUAAGCCGGCAGGCACUUACUACCUCUUCUUCCCUUGUCUCUUCUCAACUCUGAUGGCCGCACCUAUGGCUAUGCCCAUGGCAUCUCCAGCCUCUGUCAUCGGCACUUCGCUUCUCUUCUUCUCGGGAGCUCUCAUCAUGCGAGGCGCGGGCUGCAGCAUCAACGACCUGUGGGAUCGUAACCUCGACCCGCACGUCACGAGAACGAAAUUCCGACCCAUCGCGCGAGGCGCCAUCACACCUUUCAAAGGCCUCGCCUUCACUGGCGCCCAGCUCCUCGCCGGACUGGGCAUCUUGGUCCAGUUCCCCACGUCCUGCCUCUUCUACGGCAUUCCGAGUCUGCUCUUCGUGGCCUCCUACCCCCUGGCGAAGCGGGUCACCUACUACCCUCAAGCCGUACUGGGUCUCACCUUCUCCUGGGGCGCGAUGAUGGGCUUCCCAGCUCUCGGCAUCGACUUGUUGUCCAACAGCGCGGCGUUGACAGCUGCCGGGCUCCUGUACACAUCAAACGUCGCCUGGACGAUUCUGUACGACAUGAUCUACGCCCACAUGGACAUCAAGGAUGACGUCAAGGCAGGCAUCAAGAGUAUCGCUCUCAAGCACGAUGCCGAGACCAAGCAAGUCUUGACGGGUCUGGCUGCGGUUCAGCUGAGUCUUUUGGGCGCUGCUGGGUUCGCAGCUGGUGCGGGUCCGGCCUUCUUCAUCGGUAGCGUCGGUGGAGCGGCGGUGACACUCGGUGUCAUGAUCAAGCGGGUCAACCUGAAGAGCGUCAAGGACUGCUGGUGGUGGUUCAUUAAUGGUUGCUGGAUCACUGGUGGCGUCAUCAGCUUGGGUCUGGCAGCUGAUUAUACUGUAAGAUAUAUCCAAGAAGAUGGAAACAAGGAUGCUGCCAGUCAGAAGCAGUUGGAGUAA